UCUAUCUCUCAUCUUCUGCAUCUUUUUUUCCUCUCUAUAUACUCUCUCCAUUUGUUUAGAUAUUGUUGUUUAUUCAAACAGAACCCCAUUUCUUUAGAUCUUCCAUUAGUUUUUUCAAACAAAACCCCCCUUUCUCAUCAUCUUUGGGUGUGUCUUCUGUUUUGUUGGUUUGCGAAAGCCAGGAAAAAAAAGGGGAGAUUUUUUCAUAAAAAAUAAUCAAUUAAAAGAGAUGAAAGGAAGAGACCAUGAAAUUACACAAAAUCCCAACAAUAUGUUUCAGAAGUUUCAUCACCAACAACAGCAGCAACAUCAUUAUCAGCACCAACAACAGCAACUACAUCAUCAGCAACAGCAACUAAGUAGCAGAGAUCAAUGUCAAACAUCAGAAGAAGAUGAUUGUAGAAGUAAUGAUAAUAACAGUACUAUCAAUCUCCAAGAACCAACGAAGAAAAUUAAGAAAGACAAUCAACUCCUACUUAUCAACAAUGGGUCUGGUUCAGGAUCAGCUGGUGGCGGUGGAGAUGGAGCUACCAUAGAAGUAGUAAGAAGACCAAGAGGAAGACCACCAGGAUCAAAAAACAGACCAAAACCACCAGUAGUAAUAACCCAAAACAUCCCAACAGAUGAAUGUGCAAUGCGACCUCAUGUUCUUGAGAUACCAAUUGGUGUGGACAUCAUAAAUGCUAUCACGCGUUUCUCUCGGCGACAUAACAUAGGUGUUUGUGUAUUAUCCGGUUCAGGAAGUGUUGCUAAUGUUAGUCUUCAUCAACCUUCGACCACACCAGGUGCAACUGUUACUUUUCAUGGAAGAUUUGAAAUUUUGUCAAUUUCGGCAACUUUUGUUCCUCCGAGCUCUUCAUUAUCAGCAAUUAUAAGUGGGUUUUCGAUUUCAUUAGCUGGUCCUCAAGGACAAAUCUUUGGUGGGUCUGUUGUUGGUAGUUUGGUUGCUGCUAGUACUGUUUUUGUCGUGGCUAGUUCUUUUAAUAAUCCUAGUUUUCAUCGAUUACCUGUUGAAGAUGAUGAUAAUGAACAAGUCAGGAAUAACAACAAUUCUUCGGUUUCUGGUGGAGUCACUACAACUGGUGGUGGCGGUGGUGGUGGCGUUGGUAGUGAAGAAAGAGAUAGUCAUUCAACACCACAACCAACAACAACUUCUCCACAAAUUGAUCAUCACCAUCAAUCAAUGUAUCAUCUCCCUAAUGAUGUUAUCUGGGCUCCUACACCAAGACAGCAAUCACAUCAUUAUCCCCUACCACCAUACUGAUUCUCUCGUCUAGCUAGCUGAUCACCAAAUUCUGAUUAAUUUUUUAGAUUCCAAGUAUGUUAAUCGACUUCCACCCUUUGUUUAAUGUUUUUUUUUAAUAGUGUUUUUUUCAUUUCAUUUGUUUUUUGUUUUAGCCCUUGUAUUCUUUUUCUUUUUUUAUGAUGAAAAUACAGUGAUUUUUCUUUUUUAA